AUGGAAAAAGGAAUCGACGAUUUUUCCAGGUCUAUUCGGGCAGGUGAUCUCGUCCUGUUCUUUUUCUCUGGCCAUGGUGUUCAACGUGAAGAACAGAACUAUUUAAUUCCAUGUGAUGAUAAUCGAAUUCAAGCUUUUAGCGAUUUGAAGUAUCGCGCGAUCAAUGCACAACGAACGCUGGAAUUAAUGAUCGACAAUGAUCCGUUUUUAAUUGUGUAUCUACUUGACUGCUGUCGCACUUAUUGUCUGCCAAAUGUACCCAAAUCUAAAUCAUUGAGCUCAUCAUCAACGGGGAUGGCGGCGAUGCCUGCAAAAGCUGGCAUGUUGAUUGCUUUUGCUUGCGCUCCUGGUACAAUAGCCGCCGAUACAGCGCCAAACGGGCGUAAUGGAAUGUUUACGUACCAUCUAUUACGAAACAUUACUCGACCAGGAGAAGAUAUCACAUUGAUGCUUAUAGAUGUGACCGAAGGAGUAGUUAAUGAUUCAAAAGGAAAACAAAUACCUUACACGACAUCUGCUUUGACAAAGCGGGGCAUUUGCUUGGCACCACACCAGAAAAAACCUACACGACCAACUGAAGAACCAGAAAGAAGUGCACAAUCGAUUUUGACUUCAGCAUGGCAAGGUCAGUAUAGUUCUAUUCUGAUCAAAUGA